CGGAAGUGCUGGAGCCACCGCCGCCGCCGCCUUUAAGUGCCGCGUUCACCGCAUCGGUUACCGCCGGCGCCGUAGCCAAGGAGGCCGGUGCCCCCGGGUCGGGAGUGGAGGCCGCGCGGCAUGAAGCGGCGCAGGCCCGGUCCUUAGCGCGCGUCAGGACGGUCCGGGCGGGGCCGGGGGGGGAAGGAUUGGAUGGUGAGAAAAGGAAAGACUCCUGUGAGAAGAGAGCAGGAUGAGCAGAGGGAUCUAUGCUUGAAGUUGAGUCACUUCAAAAAGAUCUCUUUGAAUGUGGAAGAGAUCUGAACAGAUGAAAAUACAAUCAGGAAAAUGCAACAUGGCAGCAGCGAUGGAAACAGAACAGCUUGGUGUUGAGAUCUUUGAAACUGCAGAGUGUGAGGAGAAUAUUGAAUCACAGGAUCGGCCUAAAUUGGAGCCGUUUUAUGUUGAGCGAUAUUCCUGGAGUCAGCUUAAAAAGCUGCUUGCUGAUACCAGAAAAUAUCAUGGCUACAUGAUGGCUAAGGCACCACAUGAUUUUAUGUUUGUGAAGAGGAAUGAUCCAGAUGGGCCUCAUUCGGACAGGAUCUAUUACCUUGCUAUGUCUGGUGAGAACAGAGAAAAUACACUGUUUUAUUCUGAAAUUCCCAAAACCAUCAACAGAGCAGCAGUCUUAAUGCUCUCUUGGAAGCCUCUUUUGGAUCUUUUUCAGGCAACACUGGACUAUGGAAUGUAUUCUCGAGAAGAAGAACUAUUGAGAGAAAGAAAACGCAUCGGAACAGUUGGAAUUGCUUCUUAUGAUUAUCACCAAGGAAGUGGAACAUUUCUGUUUCAAGCUGGUAGUGGAAUUUAUCACGUAAAAGAUGGAGGGCCACAAGGAUUUACUCAACAACCCUUACGGCCCAAUUUAGUGGAGACUAGUUGUCCCAACAUUCGGAUGGAUCCAAAAUUAUGCCCAGCUGAUCCAGACUGGAUUGCUUUUAUACAUAGCAAUGAUAUAUGGAUAUCCAACAUUGUAACGAGAGAAGAAAGGAGGCUUACUUAUGUGCACAAUGAGCUAGCCAACAUGGAAGAGGAUCCCAGAUCAGCUGGAGUUGCUACCUUUGUUCUUCAAGAAGAAUUUGAUAGAUAUUCUGGUUAUUGGUGGUGUCCAGAAGCUGAAACAACUCCCAGUGGCAGUAAAAUUCUUAGAAUUCUGUAUGAAGAAAAUGAUGAAUCCGAAGUGGAAAUUAUUCAUGUUACGUCCCCUAUGUUGGAAACAAGGAGGGCAGAUUCAUUCCGUUAUCCUAAAACAGGCACAGCAAAUCCAAAAGUCACUUUUAAGAUGUCAGAAAUACUGAUUGAUGCUGAAGGAAGGCUUAUAGAUGUCAUAGAUAAGGAACUAAUUCAGCCUUUUGAGAUUCUGUUUGAAGGAGUUGAAUAUAUUGCCAGAGCUGGAUGGACUCCAGAGGGAAAAUACGCGUGGGCUAUCCUACUAGAUCGCUCCCAAACUCGCCUACAGAUAGUGUUGAUCUCACCUGAAUUAUUUAUCCCAGUAGAAGAUGAUGCCAUGGAAAGACAGAGACUCAUCGAGUCAGUGCCUGACUCUGUGACGCCACUGAUUAUCUAUGAAGAAACAACAGACAUCUGGAUAAAUAUCCAUGACAUCUUUCAUGUUUUUCCCCAAAGUCAUGAAGAUGAAAUUGAAUUUAUUUUUGCCUCUGAAUGCAAAACAGGUUUUCGACAUUUAUAUAAAAUCACAUCCAUUUUAAAGGAGAGCAAAUACAAACGAUCCAGUGGUGGGCUGCCUGCCCCAAGUGAUUUCAAGUGCCCUGUCAAAGAGGAAAUAGCAAUUACCAGCGGUGAAUGGGAAGUUCUUGGCCGGCAUGGAUCUAAUAUCCAGGUUGAUGAAGUCAGAAAGCUGGUAUAUUUUGAAGGCACCAAAGACUCUCCUUUAGAACAUCACCUGUACGUGGUCAGUUAUGUAAAUCCUGGAGAGGUGACAAGGCUGACCGACCGUGGCUAUUCCCACUCUUGCUGCAUCAGCCGGCAUUGUGACUUCUUUAUAAGUAAGUAUAGUAACCAGAAGAAUCCACACUGUGUGUCCCUUUACAAGCUCUCAAGUCCUGAAGAUGACCCAACCUGCAAAACAAAGGAAUUUUGGGCCACCAUUUUGGAUUCAGCAGGUCCUCUUCCUGACUAUACCCCUCCAGAAAUUUUUUCUUUUGAAAGCACUACUGGAUUUACAUUGUAUGGGAUGCUAUACAAACCUCAUGAUCUACAACCUGGAAAGAAAUACCCAACUGUGCUGUUUAUAUAUGGUGGUCCUCAGGUGCAGUUGGUGAAUAAUCGGUUUAAAGGAAUCAAGUAUUUCCGAUUGAAUACCCUAGCCUCUCUGGGUUACGUGGUUGUAGUGAUAGACAACAGGGGAUCCUGUCACCGAGGGCUUAAAUUUGAAGGCGCCUUUAAAUAUAAAAUGGGUCAGAUAGAAAUUGACGAUCAGGUGGAAGGACUCCAAUAUCUAGCCUCUCAAUAUGAUUUCAUUGACUUAGAUCGUGUGGGCAUCCAUGGCUGGUCCUAUGGAGGAUACCUCUCCCUGAUGGCAUUAAUGCAGAGGUCAGAUAUAUUCAGGGUUGCUAUUGCUGGGGCCCCAGUCACUCUGUGGAUCUUCUAUGAUACAGGCUACACGGAACGUUAUAUGGGUCACCCUGACCAGAAUGAACAGGGCUAUUACCUAGGAUCUGUGGCCAUGCAAGCAGAAAAAUUCCCCUCUGAACCAAAUCGUUUACUACUCUUACAUGGGUUCUUGGAUGAGAAUGUCCAUUUUGCACACACCAGUAUAUUACUGAGUUUUUUAGUGAGGGCUGGAAAGCCAUAUGAUUUACAGAUCUAUCCUCAGGAGAGACACAGCAUAAGAGUUCCUGAAUCUGGAGAACAUUAUGAACUGCAUCUUUUGCACUACCUUCAAGAAAACCUUGGAUCACGUAUUGCUGCUCUGAAAGUGAUAUAACUUUGACCUGUGUAGAACUCUGGUAUACACUGGCUGUUUAACCAGAUGAGGAGGUUUAAUCAGUAGAGAAUUGAUCAUCACAUUUUGGUACCUGCCACAUAACAUCUACUUCUGAAAGUAUAUUUGGUGCCAUGCAGGUGUUUACAGCUUGUAGAUAGUAAUCUAAUACCUUAACCAUACACAAAAUUAAAUGAUGCAUAUUUCUAAGGGACCCAGCAAUACCAUGAGAAUUACUGAAAGAAAUAAGACAUUAGCACCAUGUAUCCAUACUACCUUAUUUUCAUUUUUAAUAGCAUUAUGAAACCUCAUGGACUUAAUUAGUGUAUUUUUACAGUAUACUUCUGAGUUUGUUAAAAUAUGAUAUUAGUGAUUGGUUUGGUUCAAUUCCAGAAUCUCUGAC